ACUUGCUUAAGCAACAUAUAAACAAAGCAAGCAAAAAAAAAAAAUGGCUUUCUCACGCCUCUCAUUUGCAGCUUCUCUCAUCGUCUUCUCAUCUCUAAUCAUAUCUUCAGUUGCUUAUUACGGCAAUGAAGCUGACCCGGAGACCGGAAAAUUGAUUCCCAUCGCCGUUGAAGGGAUCAUCAAGUGCAAGUCCGGUGGCAAAACUUACCCAAUUCAAGGUGCAACGGCAAGAAUUGCGUGUGUGAAGGUCGAUGCAUAUGGGAAUGAGUUAGUUCCAAUAUCGAUAUUGAGCAGCAAAACUGAUGCUAAAGGUUACUUCAUCGCCACGAUAUUCCCUUCGCAGCUUCGUGCAGGAAGGACAGUGACCAAAUGCAAAACUUACCUUUACAAAUCUCCACUCGCUGAUUGCGAUUUUCCGACCGAUGUGAACAAAGGUGUUAGAGGACAGCCAUUGAGCACGUACCGUAUUCUUCAAGACAAGAGCUUCAAGCUUUACUGGGCUGGUCCUUUCUUCUACACGUCUGAACCUACUUACUACUAAUUAUGAUCUUCUGAUGAACAUGAAAUUUAACAUGUUCUUGGAGAAUCAUUUUUCGUUUGUUUGAUUAUUCGUCGUAUAACGUUGUCUGCAAAAUGAUCUAAGAGUUUGUUUUCUUUAUCUUAUAUUUCAUGUUGCAUAUAUGACUUUGUCAUGUAUCUUAUGUUUUAAUAUUUUCUUGGUAAAUGUAUGGGUUUAUUGGAUUUGUUCUAAUCAUCUAACUGCUUAUUUUGACUAUGCAUAAUGGUGAUCGUACUUAAUUGUGUUGAAGCUCA